ACUCCCCAUGGGCAAACCCCAGCGUUAUCCCGACAGGAGCAGGCAGCGGUGGGAGCGGGGUAGUUCCGGAUUUAUUUUCUCCUUCCCAAAUAAACCCUUUUGUCCGCUGCUCUCCGGAGUUGCCCAGCUGUCGGGAAGGCAAAACUGACCGCAAGCGCAUCGUGUGAGGGAGGGUUCACUAAGGGAGACAGAGCGAGUGGUGACGCGUUUGGAAGGGCCGCGUCCCGGAUUUAGGCCACAGGGCACCGCUACCGGCCCCGGGCAGUCUCCCCGGAGACUACAACUCCCAGGAGACCUUGCGCGCACGGUCCCACCUCUAUGUAAAUGAAGUGGGCGGGAUCGCCAAUCCGCGGGCGGGCUGGUGCUGUCACGUGGCGCGGCGCUUCCUUUCUCUGUGCGCCUCUCUUUCCUUCCUCGGCCGCCAUCUUGUUCUCGCCGCGUGUUGGUAGCGGGGGCUCCGCCGCGCUCAGACGUAGCACUAUGAACCAAGAAAAACUGGCCAAGCUUCAAGCGCAGGUCCGAAUAGGAGGAAAGGGUACAGCUCGCAGAAAGAAGAAGGUGGUGCACAGAACAGCUACAGCUGAUGACAAAAAACUUCAGAGCUCCCUCAAAAAACUGGCAGUAAAUAACAUUGCUGGCAUUGAAGAGGUGAACAUGAUAAAAGACGAUGGAACAGUUAUUCACUUCAACAACCCCAAGGUUCAAGCUUCCCUCUCUGCCAACACCUUUGCAAUUACUGGUCAUGCAGAGGCUAAACCGAUCACAGAAAUGCUUCCAGGCAUCUUAAGCCAGCUUGGUGCUGACAGCUUAACAAGUCUCAGGAAGUUAGCUGAACAAUUCCCAAGACAAGUGUUGGAUAGUAAAGCACCAAAAUCUGAAGAUAUUGAUGAAGAAGAUGAUGAUGUCCCAGAUCUCGUAGAAAAUUUUGAUGAAGCAUCAAAGAAUGAAGCUAACUAAAACAUUAAUAGUUCUGGAAGCUGGCAUGGACUAGAUUUAAGAAAUCAGCUAUGUGGUUCCAAAGUUUUAAAGAAACAGAGAACAUCAUCUGUUAAUAGUUCAGUAAUAUAAAUAUUUUGUAUUUUUAUGAUGCUGUUUGUUCAGCAUUUUCUGUCAGUUGAUUUUGCAUUUUGCACUUACUCCCAGGAUCUACUCUUUUGGUCAAAAAGAAAUGUCAGUGCAGUUUGAGGGGUAUGUGUGUAUGUGUGUGGGUGUACGUAUAGUGGAGAACAAAUUGGAAACACAUAUUUAACCAUCUACCCUUUUCCUUUGGAAAUAGAAAUAAAAUGAAUCUUCAGCAUUGUUACUUUGAUUAUCACCAAAUAGUGUACAGAGGGAGUUAAGAUUAACGUUUUGUCCACAUUUUGUGACCUGAAGGCAUUACACCAUUAAAACUUGGGGUUAAUUUGCUGUAAUUAUUGUACUUUCAGGUGUGUUUCUCAGUGUACACAUACUUUUUAUCAACCUUGUGUUGAUCCCAGAUAUUAGGGGAGAUGAGCUGUUUUAGCAGCUUGUUUGGUACAGUAACUUUUUAAAAACUUGGUCUCAUCAAAGUGUGCUUUUUUAAACCUUUUUUGUUUUGGUUUGGUUUUGCUUUGUUUUUUGGUCUCUAAAGUUUUGAUACAAGCUGAUAUUUGACUCCUUCCAUGUAGGCUUAGCAGUAUGUUCUCCUGUUGGUUACUAAAGUAUUUCCCAGUCAAAAGAAAACCACCUUGGUUCUCUACUGUGGGGUCACUUCCUAAGCUUGGAGGUCUGGUUGGUAACAGUCCAGUGCACCAGUUUUGCACAGUAACAAGUUUUUGCUUGAAUAACUUCAAGCUGUUCUCUUGGCAUGACUGCAUUUACUAGCAGCUGAUGAUCCACUUUCAUUCUUAGGGCACUAGGAACUAAAUGCACUGUGUGAGCAAUGUUUAGGGUGGGAGAAAAGAGUUGUUGACACUUUGCCUUGCUUCCUGCUGGGCAGUCUGUGCAGUGACUAGCUCUAAAGGGAUAUUUUUCUUUUUUAUUUUGGUGGGGUUUUUUGUUUGUUUUUUUUUUUUUUUUGCCUGUAACUUACCUUGGCCUAUAACCUACCUCUAGGUUUGGUGUCAUCUAUGUAGUAGCUUCUUACAAAACACAAGUGCUCCUCAGGCAUAAGGAGGACAUUGGGAGGUACUGUUGGUACAGUGCAGUAUUUAUGACCUUUCUUUAAAAUGCUUAAUGUGAAGCCGUUUUCUCAGAGGCUCUUUCAAGAUUCUUGAUGUAAUGUGCAUUAAAGUAUAGUUAGACAUCAUUGUAACCUCUGUCAAGGGCAGCUGUGGCUUACAAAAGCCACUUUGUUUUUUUUUUCUCUACAUCUGUCACUUAACUAUGGCUUAAUUGGAACAUAUCAGCUUUUGGUGUAGGCUCAUAUGCUAGAGAACUGUAAUAGAACAAGCAAACAGUCCAUGAGUUCUGGAGACUUCAUGAACCCAUGGAAGUAGAGCUGUAGUGGUUCGUCAGCUGAACUCCUCGGUUCAUUUUCUAGGCUUUGUUCAGUUUUUCCUGUUAUAUUUUAUAUACUACGUGGAUCUUACUACAAAAUAAAAUAACAAUACAAAAGGGGAAAUGCUCCUCCUGUGUGUUGUCUGCUCCUCCCACCAGCACUGGCUGAGGAAAGCAGGUGGAUGCAGCAGCUGUUUGAGACAGCACUGCAUUCUUGGUGACAGUGACCAAGGAAGACAUGCAGGGCUAGGGGGGGGUCCCAUUAGAGCUCUAGGAUUUCACGCUCCCUAUACUCACUCCUGUUUUCUCUAUGGUGUUGAAUGAAACUUUGGUUUCUUUUAUGGCUGAUCAGCUGUAGAGGAUUUGUUCUGUUUCUAAGGAGGAGAUGUUGCCACAAGUGUGUGCUCAGGCACACAUGGAAUUGCCUUCUGCUGCCUCUGUGAGCCCAGGGAGCAAAGGAAGGACAUGAGGUCACAGGUAUUUGCAGUGUUCCUCUGUUUGCUUAAGAGGCACAAGUGAAGAACCUUUUUUAAGUCGCAACUGUAUGGAGUUGGAUAUAUGGGACAUCCUCUUCCUAAAUACUAAUCAGAAACUGAACAAUCCUGCUAGUUCAUUCUGAUGUAGGAAGCAUGUCAAAAGUAAUUCUGUGAGAGACUGAAAGUAAGCCUUGGAAGCAGUGAUUCCAUAAGUUUAUAUAGCUGAACUUUCUGAUUCCUACAAAAUACUGAUUAGUUUUUGCUCAUGAAUUAACAUGUUAAAUCCUCAAAUUUUUCCUAUGUUGAUAACCAGUAAACCAACUAACUGUGCUAGCUUAUGUAGUUACAUUAUCUUCAGUUUUUUCACUGUCUCUGGAAACAGUUGACCACUUAUGAUUUGCUGCUGGAAAUACUAGAGCUUAUCAAUCAUUAAACUGAUUUUAAUUAAAAGUAGCCCAUCGAGGCUGUUGUGGGAAAA